ACAUUUCACUCCACAUUUAUUUCAGCGAUCCCUGGCCGAAUACUGCUGUUAGUGGCAGUAGCACUGGCCUACUUCGCUACCGUCCAAUGUCAAAGUGGCGGUACUAGCUGGUCUAAGUUUGUCGACUGCUUGAGGGAAGGCGGACGUACGUUGGGCACUGGGGUCGGGAUCUGCGUCCAACGAGCAAUGCUCGCUCAAUACAGGCGCAUGAACCGCGCCAAUUGCCGAAAUUGUGACAAGUACUUCCACUGCGUGGCGAACAGGAAUGCUAUGCGCUGCGGCGGCAGGAGCCGCAGAAGAAGGCAAAUCGCCUGGAGAGUGGCCACGGUGGUCAGCAACUGCCGAGAGCGCUCCCAGGGCGGCGGACGGGACAGCCGGCAAGACCAGAUCGCCAACCGCAUCGGACGUAAUGGAGGAAACUGCGAGAAGGCCUACCUGAAGAGAGUCAGGUGCUUCUUUCAUCCCAGGACCGGAAGGUGUUCACGCCGCGGCUAGGGAAACCUCCACCGCCCUUACCUUGUUGGUCGGUGCACCCCCUGAAGAAGCUAUCUGGUGGGCCGAAUAAAUAGACCAUUUCGGAAAUA